AUGCCUAGAACAUCAUUUAAAUUAUAUUCAUAUUGUGAUGAAAUAAUUCAAACUGAUAGUGAAAAUGAAAAUUUGGAAGAGGCAGAUGAUGAAUAUGAAAUUGCUAAUUUUUAUUGUCGGCUUGGAAUGUUUUUGUCUGCUACUAAUUAUUUGUUAGGAAAAAUUAUUGAAAAUGAUGAUAUAAUAAAAGCAAUAAAUGGAAGCAUAAAAGGGAUUGAAUUUACAAGAAAAGAAUUUUCUCAAAGAUUUAAUAAUUCAAAAAAUCAUUUGACACCCAUUGUCGAGGAAAUGAGAAAAAUUCUUUUGGAAGAUGAAAAGCUUAAAUUUAAAGAUUUAAAGUUGAGAGAAAUUUUUGGAAAGGAGAUGACUGCAGAAAAUUUGGAUGAAAAAAUGGGUGAAUUUAUUAAAUUACGGAUUACAUUUGAUCCAACUGAAGUUGAGAAUUUUGCUGAAAUUAUUUUUAAAUAUUUAAAUAAAUUAAUGGGAAAUCAAGAACACGAUAAAAUAAAAUUUGUUUGUUAUAUUAAAUAUUUUUUUAAGUGUUAUUUAGUAUAUCAAUUCAAAGCUGGACGUGGGCUGGGUUUGAAUUUUUGUGAUAAGGUCCAGGCCUGA